UUGAAAUCGUUUUUAUAAUUCAAUAAUAUACUUAAGCAUUUCUCAUUUAAAUAAAUUUUAUAUUAUAUAUCUUCUAGUUAAAUAUGAUAGGCGAGUCAAGAUCAGAGUUUAGACUUAAGAAUCCGCCAGAAGAUGGAAUAUCGUCUGUAAAAUUUGGACCUAAUUCAUCUCAAUUUUUGUUAGUAUCAUCUUGGGACUGUUCAGUUCGACUUUAUGAUGUUCAGGCGAAUAGCAUGCGCACAAAAUAUACACACGAUCGGCCAGUAUUGGAUGUUAGCUUCCAGGAUGCAGUUCAUUCAUUUAGUGGGGGUCUUGAUAACAAGUUAAAAAUGUAUGAUUUGAAUAGUAACUCAGAAAGUGUCCUAGGCUCACACGAUAAUGCAAUACGUUGUGUUGAGUAUUCUAAUGAAGUUAAUGUAGUUUUAUCUGGUGGUUGGGAUGGUAACGUUAAGAUGUGGGAUACUAGAUCAUCUCAAUGUGUUGGUACUCUCCUCCAACCAGACAAAGUUUUUACCAUGAGUAAUGUAGGUGAAAAACUUGUAGUUGGUACUGCCGGGCGGAAAGUAUUUGUUUGGGAUUUAAGAAACACUGCAUAUAUAAUGCAAAGAAGAGAAUCAAAUUUAAAAUUUCAAACAAGAUGUAUACGUUGUUCACCAAAUAAACAAGGAUAUGUGUUAAGUAGUAUUGAGGGAAGAGUAGCUGUAGAAUAUUUUGAUACAGCUCCAGAAAUUCAAAAGAAAAAAUAUGCUUUUAAAUGUCACAGAAUUAAAGAUAAUGAUAUUGAAUGCAUUUACCCUGUAAAUGCUAUCAGUUUUCAUCAAGUAUUUAAUACAUUUGCCACGGGUGGUUCAGAUGGAUAUGUGAAUAUUUGGGAUGGUUUUAAUAAAAAAAGAUUGUGCCAAUUUCAUCGUUAUAAUACAGGAAUCACAUCUCUGUGCUUUAGUCACGAUGGUUCAUCUUUAGCUAUUGGCAGUUCUUAUAUGUAUGAACAAGACACACAUCCAGAUCCUAUACCUGAAAACAAUGUUUAUAUUAGGUAUGUUACUGAUCAAGAAACUAAACCUAAAUAACUGAAUUAUAUAAAUAUAUUUUUUUAUAUACAAUAGUUUUGUGCAUUUGUAAUUUAUUAUAAAUAAAUUUA